UAGAACUCCGUAAAACAAGAGUGCUCAUUCAUCAACAGUAGAGGUUUUCCAGAGAUAAAAAUCCCCACAUAGUUGUUAAAUUCCUCAACAAUCAAGCUUAUGUCAAACUGUUCAUCUUUUAGCUUUUAGAGCUAGCUAGCACAAACUUACGCCCAUAGAAUAACAUAUACGAAAUCGUUUGAAGCUGUCAACAAAGCCGCCGGUUGUAACCAGCCCAAUAUAUUAAAGAUAUAUAUGGCAGAAAGAAAGAAAGAAAUAAUAGAAAAGUGUUCAUCUGAAUACUUAGAGACUCAACCUGUUCAUCUGCUCUACAGAUGAUAGAAGAGUUUACAGAGUACAGGAAGACACCUCCAUUGCCUAUAAAUGUGAAGGUAUUCAGAAAUGUCCUGCAGAACCUACCCACAACGACAUUUCUAGUCUGUAGCAGCAUGUAUCCAAACAACCAGGAAGCUCCACCCCCUCCAAUUGCAGGCCCACCACUUGCCAAGUCUCACAAUGGGCAAUAUUGGUCUACCGGACUUUGUGAUUGUUUUGAUGAUCCCUCCAACUGUCUCAUAACAUGUUGCUGUCCAUGUAUCACCGUAGGCCAGAUUGUGGAGAUUGUUGAUAGAGGAACUACAUCAUGUCUCAUUGGUGGCCUCUUCUACGCUGGUUUGGCCUAUGUUGGCUGCGGAUGGCUAUACUCUUGCACCUACCGCUCCAAACUACGAGGCCUCUUCUCUCUCCCAGAAGCUCCGUGCGUAGAUUGGUUGGUUCAUUGCUGCUGCUGUGCAUGUUCUACUUGUCAAGAGUAUAGAGAACUCAAAAUUCGUGGGGCUGAUCCCUCCCUAGGUUGGGAAGGCAAUGUAGAGAAGUGGAACCGGGAAGGAUUGACACCUCCUAUAGUUGCAUACGGCAUGGCUCGUUAGUGGAGUGGAAUUGUGUCAAUAAGAUUUGAAAAGAUGCUGCAGAAAGAUUGAGAAUGCUAUAUACAUUCGAUUGUGAAGCCCGUUUUGUGUAUAAUUGUUACGGGUCUAUAGCUUUAUAUUCUUUUUAAGAUAUUGUCAUAAUGUGUUGUGUCCAAUGUGUGUGCUCGGUUAUCUUUGCUUUAUGCAUUUGUGUC